AUGGCUGAGCUACCAAAUUUUUCAGUACCAGCUGGGCAGACCAUCACGGUCAAGCUCAUCAACACGGUCAAUUUCGGACCAGCACAACUCAAUAGAUUCAUGGCACCCCCAGUCCCAGGAAUGGAAACACAUCCCAGCAAUCCCUCAUUUUCCUUUCUGCUCGAGCAUUCCUCCGGCCAAAAGCUCGUUUUCGAUUUGGGAAUUCGAAAGGACUAUCAGAAUUAUGCGCCAAAGAUAGCGCAGUACAUUCCCACGACAAAAUACACAAUUGAAGUCACAAAAAAUGUAAUUGAUAUCUUGGAAGAAAGUGGGAUUCGAGGUGAAGAAGUACAGGCAGUGAUCUGGAGUCAUUGGCAUUGGGAUCACAUUGGUGAUCCUUCAACAUUCCCAAAUACCACCGAUCUAGUAGUUGGACCUGGCUUCAAGGAAGCAAUGUUGCCCGGCGCACCUACAAAUCCUGACUCUCCUCUCAGCGAGGCAGACUUCAAGAGUCGAAACCUACGCGAAAUCACAUUUGAAGGUCCCCAAUCUCUCAAAAUCGGCCAAUUCAACGCAUUCGACUACUUUAGCGACGGUUCAUUCUAUCUACUAGACAGUCCCGGGCACGCCAUCGGCCAUCUAUGCGGUCUAGCAAGAACAACCACCAACCCCGACACCUUCGUUCUCCUAGGUGGUGACGUCUGUCAUUAUGGAGGCAUUUUCCGACCAUCAAAGUAUCUACCACUGCCCGAUUCGAUUCAUCCGCACGGUAAUGUGCCUUUCUGUCCUGGUGGGGCAUUUGAGGAGCUACAACAAACGCGGGGCCGGAGUAUUACCGAGCCCCUCUUUACCCCGACUUUUGGACAUGAUAUUCCACUGAUUAUUGAGACUAUUGGGAAGCUGCAGGAGGCGGAUUGUAUGGAUAAUGUUUUUGUAAUUAUUGCGCAUGAUGCUACGGUACGGGAUGGUGUGGAUCAUUUUCCUUUAAGUCUUAAUCGGUGGAAGGAAAUGGGAUGGGGGAAGGAUCUCAAGUGGGCUUUUUUGAGGGAUGUCGAGGUAUAUUGGAAGUCUAAAGGGGUGAUAUGA